AUGUCUCGAAUAGUUGAUUUCCAGCUGUGUUUCAUUACGGACAAAAGUUUGGAUAAUUACCAGAUUACCAUUUUUAUUCCAUUUGCUGCCUGUUCUUUGUUCUAAAAGACAUUUAAAUAUCGUUCCUUUGAUCCUCUUAUUGCUGUAUCCAUAAAAAUAAAAUAUGAGGGAGUGCAUUUCAGUUCAUAUUGGACAAGCUGGAGUUCAGAUUGGCAACGCUUGCUGGGAGUUAUACUGCCUGGAGCAUGGAAUUCAGCCUGACGGUCAUAUGCCCUCUGAUAAAACAGUUGGUGGUGGCGAUGAUUCCUUCAAUACUUUCUUUAGCGAAACUAGUGCCGGAAAGCAUGUGCCACGCGCAGUGUUCGUCGACUUGGAGCCAACUGUGGUUGAUGAGGUGCGCACCGGCACCUAUCGCCAGCUGUUCCACCCGGAGCAGUUGAUCACUGGCAAGGAGGACGCGGCUAACAACUAUGCUCGUGGGCACUACACGAUCGGAAAGGAGAUUGUGGACAUUGUGCUGGAUCGCAUCCGCAAGCUGGCCGAUCAAUGCACGGGUCUUCAGGGAUUUUUGGUUUUCCACUCAUUCGGCGGAGGAACUGGCUCCGGAUUCACAUCGUUGCUUAUGGAGCGUUUAUCAGUUGAUUAUGGAAAGAAAUCCAAAUUGGAGUUUUCCAUUUAUCCAGCACCACAAGUUUCAACUGCUGUCGUUGAGCCAUACAAUUCGAUUUUAACCACCCACACCACCCUGGAGCACUCAGACUGCGCAUUUAUGGUUGACAAUGAGGCCAUAUAUGACAUUUGUCGUCGGAACUUAGACAUCGAGCGACCCACCUAUAUGAACCUAAAUCGCUUAAUUGGCCAAAUAGUUUCCUCAAUAACAGCAUCGUUGCGCUUCGACGGAGCACUCAAUGUUGACCUAACAGAGUUCCAAACCAAUUUAGUCCCCUACCCACGCAUUCAUUUUCCUUUGGCUACAUAUGCUCCCGUCAUUUCCGUUGAGAAAGCUUAUCACGAGCAAUUAACUGUGGCUGAAAUAACAAACGCUUGCUUCGAGCCCGCAAACCAGAUGGUCAAGUGUGACCCAAGGCAUGGCAAGUAUAUGGCAUGCUGCAUGCUCUACCGCGGUGAUGUGGUGCCUAAAGAUGUGAAUGCGGCCAUCGCAACAAUCAAGACCAAGCGCUCAAUUCAAUUCGUCGACUGGUGCCCAACUGGCUUCAAAGUGGGCAUCAAUUAUCAGCCACCCACUGUGGUGCCUGGCGGCGACUUAGCGAAAGUUCAACGUGCGGUCUGCAUGUUGUCCAACACCACGGCCAUUGCUGAGGCCUGGGCUCGAUUGGAUCAUAAGUUCGAUUUGAUGUAUGCCAAGCGUGCUUUUGUUCACUGGUACGUGGGCGAGGGCAUGGAGGAAGGUGAAUUCGCCGAAGCUCGAGAGGAUCUGGCUGCACUUGAGAAGGACUAUGAAGAGGUCGGAAUUGAUUCCACCACCGAGGUAGACGAAGGUGACGAGUACUAAGAGAUGACGUAUAUCUAAAGAAGAAUCAAGUAGAAGAAGGAUCAUAUUUCACACUCUGCAUAACAAACCUACGAUUUUUUACAACAAAAUAAAUAAAAUCUUUACUAAAAUAUGCAAAUCAA